AUGUUGAUGAUGAAAGUACCAACCCCGGCCGGCACUGCUACGAUCCGGGGUGAUCAGGCCGCCGCGAGGAAGUGCUAUUCUCUAACUGUAUCACGCGGUAAGAGAAAGUCUGAAAUGUUGCACGUAGCUACUAACCCUCUGCUGGACAGGUACGAGGAUCCCAGAGCCGAUACCGACUCUGACGAAGAACGGCCUGGUGCCGUAGAGGACAUUGAAGAGGUGGUCCUAUCAAAGCAGUUCCCGGACAGGACUGUUAGGAUUGGUACAAGGCUGUCUCCGGUUGUCAUGGAAGGAUUGAUCUCGUUUCUCCGAUCUAACACAUCUGCAUUCCCCUGGUCCUAUGAGGACAUGCCCGGUAUACCGCCAGAGAUAGCCACGCACAAUCUUAGUAUUGUUCCUUACUCAACACCAGUAAGACAAAAGCGAAGGGCCUUCACACACGAUAAGUACCGGGCUAUCCAGGUUGAGGUAAAGAAGCUGAUCGCCAUCAACUUUAUCAGGGAAGUAACAUACCCCCGGUGGUUAGCCAACGUGGUCAUGCCUUUCGGGUUAAAGAACGCAGGUGCCACUUAUCAGCGACUUGUCAACGCCAUGUUUGAGGAGGUUAUCGGUACUAUCAUGGAGGUCUACGUGGACGACAUGCUGGUAAAAAGUUUAACUCCGGAGGAUCAUGUAGCCAACUUGUCAAUCGUCUUUACCAUCAUAUUGCGCAAUGGGAUGCGGCUUAAACCACAGAAGUGCAUCUUCGGGGUCGAGGUAGGAAAGUUUCUCGAGUACAUCAUUAGCCACAGGGGAAUUGAGGCCAAUCCAGAGAAGGUGCAGGCUAUAUUAGACAUGGUGUCCCCAACCUACAGGAACGAGGUCCAAUCUCUUCACGUCGAGAUGAUAGCCUGGACAGCGGAGCACGAGGCUGCUUUCCUCGGCUUGAAGUCAUACUUGUCAGAGGUACCUCUACUCUACAAACCUGUUCCCGGAGAGAUGCUCUACGUAUAUCUGGCGGCAUCGUCAACGGCUGUGAGCUCAGUCCUGAUUAGGAAGGACUCCGAUUGUGAGUACCCAGUGUACUACGAUGGAAAACGUUACACUAGGGCAGAAUCCAGGUACCCGGACAUUGAAAGAGUGGCACUGGCUCUCCUGGUAUCAGCCCGGAAGCUCAGACAUUACUUCCAGGCACACUCGAUCACCGUUUUCACUAAUCACCCAUUGAGGCAGGUUUUACAAAAACCAGAGGUAUCGGGCAAGUUAAUUAAAUGGGCCAUCGAGCUGGGGGAGUUCGAUAUCAAGUACCAGCCCCGGACAGCCAUCAAAGGCCAGGCAGCGGCAGAUUUUAUUUCAGAAUCAAUCCCUUCCAAUAACCCAAACCAGGAAUCACCUGAACCACUAGCCGCAUAUCCACCUCCGCCAAGCACUUGGCGAUUAUACGUUGAUGGAGCAUCCAACAAGAAAACCAGCGGAGCCGGUAUCUUGCUAAUUAGCCCGGACGAGCAAGUCUACGAGUACGCCGUCAAAUUUGCCUUCAAAGCAUCCAACAAUGCAGCAGAGUACGAGGCACUUAUAGCAGGUCUGCAGAUCGCCCGGGAGCUAGGGGUGCCGCACCUUAGUAUCUUCAGUGAUUCUCAGUUAGUCGUAAACCAGGUCAGCGGUAACUUCGAGGCAAAGGAGCCCCACAUGUCCUCCUACCAGGCCUUGGCCCGGGCAUUAGUUCAGAGGUUUACCUCCUACAUUUUUACCCAAAUACCGAGGGCAGAAAACGACAAGGCAGACGCCCUUGCAAAGCUCGCAUCAACUUCUCCAAACCUUACCUAUGGGGCCACCAAGGUCGAAAUACUCGCUAGCCCUAGCACUUCUAAAACGGUGUCAGAAAUAUUUGUGGUGGAUCACACAGCUUCAUGGAUGGACCCAAUUUUGAAAUACAUGGUCGACGGCCUAACACCGGAUGAUAAGGUCGAGGCCAGAAGACUACAGCAAAGGUCAGCUCGAUACACGAUCAUGAAUGGCAAACUGUACAAAAGGGGGCAUUGCUUUCCCAACCUGAAGUGUGUAACACCGGAGGAAGAUCACAAAAUAAUGAAGGACAUUCACGCUGGUGUAUGUGGUAACCAUGCCGGAGCCCGAUCUCUUGCGCACAAGACCCUAAGGGCAGGAUAUUUCUGGCCAACCAUGUCGGCCCUGGCCCAAACAAUAUCUAGUUCUUGCCACAAAUGCCAAAUGUAUGCAAAUAUCCCAAGGGCACCGCCCAUCACCCUUUCCAUCCUCCUUGCACCAUGGCCGUUCUGUCAGUGGGGUUUGGACUUGAUGGUAAACUUCCCACAGCAAUGGGACAGUUCAAAUACGCCAUUGUUGUCGUGGACUACCAAACAAAGUGGGUGGAGGCAGAACCUCUCGUCGCCAUCACCACGGAAAAGGUCAAAAGCUUCCUAUGGAAGAACAUUUACUGCAGGUUUGGAGUCCCGGAUACCAUAG